UGGGCCUUGCCACAGUUAACCAACCAUCCAACGGAUCCAUCUGAUCCGAUACAAAAAAUAUAUACAUAUUAGACCACCAAUAAGCCCUCAAUCAACGUGGGCAGGUGCAAACCAGCGGCUAAUUAAACUGUGAAUUGUUUUUCAAGUCAAUAGUAAUCGCGAAAACCAACAUAAUUCAAAGUAAUUUGCUCACCUCACCGUGGAAUUCGCGAUUGCGCAUUCGAAAUUGGUGCUUCGUCGAAUAUCUCGAGGGAAUAUCCCCCACAACGUCACUGCCCCUUCACCGAAUUUUGUUAGCAAUAAAAGUGAAAGAACUACAUUGUUUUCUUGAUUAAUAGUCCGGAGAAAGGAUAUUUGCUUAAAGCCACGAUGUUCAGGGCACGAGACAUUUUGUUCUUGGCCCUUUUGGGAUUCGCCUCCACAGCACUGGGACUGAAAGUAUCCACCGGAUACCACAUAGUUCACAACCAGCCUUAUUCCUAUCCAAGCCCUCAUGGCUUUAGUUACCUUCAGGGCUCGGCUCCCUUUGUGGUUGGAAAUAGCCUUCCCACCUCGCCUGCUCACAAUCCGUUCUCCCAGCCUGCGCCUGCACCUCCUGCUCCUGCACCAGCGGCUCCUGGAGCUUAUGGUUAUAGUUUCCCCACAGCCGGACAAGUCAACUGCGCCGCUCCUCCGGCGGCUUGUGAGAAGUCCGCCUACCGGACACUGGAUGGAUCCUGCAAUCACCUGGAGCGUCCUGGUCUAGGUGUUGCCAAUUCCAAAUAUGGUCGUCUUUUAACUCCCAAGUACGCCGAUGGCAUCUCGGCACCUCCACGUUCUGUGACUGGAGAUGAACUGCCAAGUGCUCGUCUGGUAUCCUUGGUGGCUUUCGGAGAACAGGAUGUGCCAGAUCCAGAAUUUACCCUGCACAAUAUGCAAUGGGGUCAGAUUAUGACCCAUGACAUGAGCAUGCAGGCCGGUGGUACUCAGUCGAAAAAACAUCCCACUCGUUGCUGCACUGAUGACGGUCGCCUGAUUGGCCUGGACACUGCCCACAAGACUUGCUUCGCCAUCAUUGUGCCACCCCAUGAUCCGGCCUAUUCCCAGGUGGGAACCGAGUGCCUGAACUUUGUGCGGACGCUGACAGAUCGGGACUCCAAUUGCCAGUACCGCGGUGGUCCAGCUGAGCAGUUGACCGUGGUCACCUCCUACUUGGAUCUUUCCCUGGUCUACGGAAACUCUAUUCAGCAGAACAGCGACAUUCGCGAAUUCCAAGGCGGUCGGAUGAUUGUGGAGGAGCGAAAUGGAGCCAAGUGGCUGCCACUGUCGCGGAAUGUAACCGGUGACUGCGAUGCCGUGGAUGCCAGUGAAGUGUGCUACCGAGCCGGAGAUGUCCGCGUCAACCAGAACCCUGGCCUGGCCAUUCUCCAAACAGUUCUGCUUCGUGAACACAACCGCAUAGCGGAUAACCUGGCUGCACUGAAUCCCCACUACGAUGACCGCACCCUCUUCCAGGAGGCUCGCAAGAUCAACAUUGCCCAGUACCAGCAAAUUAGUUACUACGAAUGGCUUCCGAUCUUCCUGGGCGGAGAGAAUAUGCUAAAGAAUCGUCUGAUCUACAAAGCGCCAAAGAGCAGCUAUGUAAACGAUUUCGAUCCCAACAUCGAUCCUGCCGUUUUGAACGAACAUGCCACGGCUGCUUUCAGAUAUUUCCACUCCCAGAUCGAAGGACGUUUGGAUCUGUUGUCUGAGCUGCGUCAAGUCCUUGGCUCUCUGACCCUCAGCGAUUGGUUCAACCGUCCUGGUAUUAUUGAGGUUGGUGAUAACUUUGAUUCCCUGACUCGAGGACAUGCCACCCAACCUGAGGAACUCACGGAUAUUAACUUCGACAGACAGAUCAAACACUUCCUGUUCAGAAGGAAUAUGCCUUUCGGUUCGGAUCUGCGAUCUUUGGACAUCCAGCGUAAUCGCGAUCACGGCUUGGCGUCCUACAACGAUAUGAGGGAAUUCUGCGGUCUGCGCCGAGCCCACUCUUGGGAGGAGUUCGGUGAUCUCAUCAGUCCCCCGAUUCUGGAGAAGCUCAAGUCGCUGUAUGAUAGCCACGAUGAUGUGGACCUGACGGUGGGCGCCUCCUUGGAGGCUCAUGUGGCGGGAGCAUUGGCUGGGCCUACUUUCCUUUGCAUCCUCACCGAACAGUUCUAUCGCACCCGAGUGGGUGAUCGGUUCUUCUUUGAGAAUGGAGAUAAAUUGACUGGCUUUACCCCAGACCAACUUGCCGAGUUGCGAAAGUCCAGCAUGGCUCGCCUGCUGUGCGAUAAUGGAAACCAUAUUUCUUCAAUGCAGCCCGAGGCUUUCCGCACAGUUUCUGCCUCUAAUCCAAUUGUGCCGUGCUCGAAUAUUCCCCAAGUUGACCUCUCCAAGUGGAUUGACCAAAAGCCAUAUGCCGCGGUAGACCCGUCCGCGAUUCAUUUUGGAAAGUAGGGAUCGGCAGAUCGAUCUGUUAUUAACUAGUUGAAUAUAUAAAAUACCUUUUAGCUUAAUCAGUAACAUAAUCAUUAAUGCAUUCACCUCCCUUCCCCUUGUAUCAUAAAUACCCUGCGAAUUGAUGUACAGAAAUAAAGCCCUUUUACCAAUUAAA